AUGAAUAACUAUGUUGUUAGAUUUUUAGCAAAUAGUAUACUUAGAGUUGUCGGUAUAAAGAGAUUGGCAAACUAUGCUGCACUGUCAAUAGGUCCAAAACUGAUAGAUCAUGUAGUGAAUGCAUCUACCAAAGGUGUUAUACCUGUAGGUGCAGUUCGUGUACUGAGAACAUCGCUUUCAUAUGCACCGAUUGCCGUUAUAAUGGGAACGGGUGGUACUUCACUGAUUAACGCUAUCACAUAUUAUGUAAUUGUACAGAUAUCAGAAACAAUAUGCAUGUUAGUAGUUAGAAAAGCAGUAAAUACAGCACUUGGAGGUGCUAAAUAUGUUUUGGUGUCAACCUAUAGAGCGGUAGCAGGUAGUGGCGGAAGUACAGCAAACAACAGCAAGGAAGAGGAACUACUAGAUUGGGUAGUACUGGAGAAACAGCAUAUCAAAGAGCAUACCGACCUCUCUGAGGAACAGCUUCAACAGGUCGAACAAUACGUUUCAAACAUUGACAUAGAAAAUGAAAUUAAACAACAGGAGGAAGAGAAAAAGAACAUCAGCGAAGAAGAACUAAACGAUUAUAUCAAAAGAGAAAUAGAUGAUUUCGUAAUAUUAUAUAAUUAUAUAUUUAAACAUUGGUAA